AAUCAUCAUCAUCCAAUUAAUUAGUUAAUUAAUCAAAUCAAAUCAAUACGAUAAAUCGAUAUAUUUAUUUAUUUGUCCAUUUUGAUGCCGGCCAGCAACGCGCAUGAUUUUUGAAUCUAAAAAGAAGAAGAAAAAAAAACAACAUUCAGCUAAUUUCAUACUUUGACCUAUUUAUUUGUUUAUUUUAUUAUUUUUUUUUGAAAUUCAUUGCUAAUUAUCAUCAUUGACCAAUCAUCAUUAUUAUCAAUAUAUCAAAAAAUGAGUCAUCAUCCUAAUUACGAAAUACCAGCCGAAUUAAAUAAUUUAUUGAUCGAUUUCACUGUCAGUGUAUUGGUUAAUCGACCUGGUGAUCUGAUUGAAUAUGCGGCCAAUUAUUUUAAUCGGCUUCUAGAUGAACGUCGUAAUAGUGCACCAAGUAAUCAUAGUCUACAAAGUAAUCAUUGUAAUGAAGAUGAUAAUGAUUCAACAUCAAGUGACAUAAAACCACCAGCACGAUUGUCUUUCACUCGCCGUAAAUCAGUAUUUGCCGAACAUUAUGAUCCUGAAGAAGAUGAAGGUGAUACUGAACAGAUAUUCUAUCCAAAAAGUGAUGAACAAAGGCAACGUCUUGGUGAAGCUACCAAGAAUAUUCUACUAUUUCGAUCUCUUGAUCCUACUGACAUGAACGAGGUUAUUGAUGCAAUGUUCGAACGAAAGGUCGAAGCGAAUGAAGUUGUUAUUAAACAAGGAGAUGAUGGAGAUAAUUUCUAUGUUAUAGCCGAUGGCACGUUUUCAAUCACCGUUGCCAAUGAUGAUGGUACCGAAAAAGAGGUUGGCAAAUAUGUCGGUUCCGGUAGUUUUGGUGAGCUUGCAUUAAUGUAUAAUAUGCCAAGAGCGGCAACUGUUCGUGCCGUAACUGCCGGUUCACUUUGGGCAAUGAGCCGACAAACAUUUAGAAGAAUUGUAUUAAAACGGGCUUUCAUGAAACGUAAAGAAUAUGAAUCAUUUAUUGAAAAAGUUGAAAUUUUUAAAUUUCUUGAGUAUUAUGAGAAAAUGUCACUAAGUGAUGCAUUCAUGGCAAGAUGUUAUAAAAAUGGAGAUUUAAUUAUCAAACAGGGAGACCAAGCAGAUGGUAUGUACUUUGUACAAGAAGGUAUUGUCCGCAUCAUCAAAGAAGAAAACGGACAAGAACAAGAAUUAUCACGUGUAGAAAAAGGUGGUUAUUUUGGUGAAUUGGCAUUGAUAACGAAAAAAUCUCGUGCAGCCACCGUUUAUGCUGCCAGUGCUGAAGUGAAACUUGCAUUUUUGGAUGUAUUAGCAUUCGAACGUUUAUUGGGACCAUGUAUGAAUAUUAUGAGACGUAAUUUUAAUCAUUAUGAAGAUCAACUAGUCAAAUUAUUUGGUUCAAAAUCCAAUGUUACCGAUCUAAGAUGAACUUAUUUUUUUUCCUUCCCUUCUUCUUCUUCUUCUUCUUCAUUUAUUUGAUUCAAUGACGAUCUGUCCAAAAUUU